UGUAAAAAUAGAAUUUGAUGGUGGUCUUCCUGCCUGCCCUGUGCCGUAAGAUGGGGGUCCCCUACUGCAUCAUCAAGGGCAAGGCCAGGCUGGGGCGUCUGGUCCACAGGAAGACCUGCACCACCGUGGCCUUCACACAAGUCAACUCGGAAGACAAAGGUGCUCUGGCUAAGCUGGUGGAAGCCAUCAGGACCAAUUACAACGACAGAUAUGAUGAGAUCCGCCGUCACUGGGGAGGCAACGUCCUGGGUCCCAAAUCAGUGGCUCGCAUCGCCAAGCUGGAAAAGGCAAAGGCCAAAGAACUGGCCACCAAACUGGGCUAAGUGUACACUAUUGAUUUUUCUGUACAUAAAAAUAAUAAUAAUUAAAAAAAACCUC